AUGGAUCCUCUGACACUGGACUGCGAUUGUUGUAAAGUUUGCACAAAUAAGGACGUCUUUGAAGUGUCAAUAAAUGUUUCCCAGUUCGAAUUGGAAGAACUUAGCGUGGUGGUAAAAGGCAACGACAUAAUUGUCGAGGGACAUCACAGAGAAAAAGGUGAUGAAGGCGGAACCGUUGAGCGCCAUUUUACUCGCAAGUUUUACAUUCCAAGCGAAGUCGAUGUAGAGGAUCUGCAGUCUAGCCUUAGCCAGGAUGGUAUUCUCACCGUUACUGCACCAAGAAAAUCUCGUUCGAAUAUGCGACAAAUUCAAAUUUCUAAAGGUUCACCUUCUAAGAGCACACCGUCUAAGCGCUCACCUGCUAAGAGUUCACCUUCUAAGCGCUUACCUGUUAAGAGCUCACCUUCUAAGAGCUCCCCUUCUAAGAGCUCACCUUCAGAGGCCUCACCUUCGAAAACAUCACCAUCAAAGAAGAAGAAGAAACAAACGUAA